GAGGGAAAGGAGCGGCGAGAGUUUUGAGCUCUGGUUUUGAGCUCAGCAGUGUCCAGUCUCACGUGCGCCGCUCCACGCUUUCGGCUCGUCCGCUCCACUCUGCUGCCGUUUCUCUCUAGGCCCCCUCAGCGGCCGGCGGAAGGAUGAAGGUGCGGUGGCGGUCGUGGUGCCUGUUGGUGCUGCUGGUGGUGCACACCAUCGUCGCCACCCCUAUCGUGCCCAGGCGAAGACCUCGGAGACAAACGCUGCCCGAGGAUGACGGACUUGACCCCGUCGAACAUCAACCCUUCUUGCAUCCCGAGGAGAUUUUCGGGCCUGACUUGGCCGACAGAAGUCCCAGGGACAAACGCAAGGCCAGAAUUUUGCUCAACAUUCUUUUUUGGAAAAUCAACACGUUGCUGCAGCUAAAGACGCGGAUUUUGGGGCAACUGAGCGCGAGGCAGGCGCUCAACACGUUCUACUACAAAACCACGACCACCACUCCAGAUCCAACGUCUGAGGACGUGCCGGAAUUCGACUCAAACAGGGUGAUGCUGGACAUCCCAGGCGAGUUGUUUGGAACGGCCUUCUCGGUGGUCACCGACGUCUCCAAAAUCGUCGGUGACGUCAUCCUGAACACUGCGCGACGGACGCAGAAAUUCGUGGAAGGGAUGAAGCAGGCGGUGGCGCGCAGCCUGGGCUACAAGUUGUCAGCGCUGACCACCAGUUCGUCUGUCUCAAAGAGCACCGGCGAAUCCGAGUCGUCAGCCGAGACCACCGACGACCCCUGACCUGCCUCGCGCUGCCCACGCUGACUGUGAUUUGUCCCUUUUUUUACAUUUUCGCAGGAGAAAGACAAUUUUACAUGUGUUCCUCACCAACUUUCUUACCCCCAUGAUUACUUAACUAGUUUUUUAAAAAUAUAUGAUACCGGUAUUUAUUGAGUUAACAAGAGUUUGAUGCCAUAUUCAUCCCAAGUGCGAAUACAUCUCUAUAUCGUGUGUGUUUGUGCCUUCAAGAAUUUUGCAAGAAAGAAAAAAAUGUGUUUUCUGCAUUUCGUGGUUAUCUGCAAGAUUUUAUUUAUUUUUGAUUGUGAGCGUGUAAAUAAAUAAUAACAUGUGAUGCCUUUGGAAAUUACUGUUUUCAUU